AUGGUUGAAUUUGCUGAUCUUUUGGCUGAGGACAAACAGCUGCAGUUUGCCAAAAGCGCAAUUGGAAGGUAUAAGAGGGACAAGACUCCUGAUUUUAUUGAGAAGGACUCUCACUACAAGAAAAUUGUGGGCAAGAUCUCUGCCCAGUCGAAUAACUCUUUAACUGGAGGUUUUGGGUUGGCGAACAGGCGUCAUAUCGUUAAUGUCGACGAUAUUUCGAAGAUUAAUUACGAGAUGAUCAAGAAUUCACCUGGGAAUAUGGUGGUCGUGAAUGGUGGUUCCGGCAAUGAGAGUGAUUCAGAGACGAGGUUGGAGAGUGAGGUCAAUGGGUUGAAGACAAAACUUUUCAAGAAUCAUCUGUACUCGUUGAAUGAAGAUUAUUUGAAAGGCGUGGAUACGAAAGUAUCCGAUGCUGCUGCUGCUGCUACUGUUGCUGCUGGCGAGAGUCCUGAAGAUAUCCCUCUGGAGGACCAAUCCAAGUGGUUGAAACAGAUUCAAAUUGAUCUGAUAGGCACCUAUACUUCCUUGGUGGAGCAGGAGAAAAAAUGGUUUGCAAUGAAGGAGCUCUUGUUGGAUGCCAAUGCUGAGUUGGAUCUGUUUAGUACCAGAGAGGUUAGGAAGUCGCAACCUAACAUUAAUAUGGGUGAGAUGGAUAUUUCUUCAAACCCAUAUUCGAAUAUCAGUACUUUGGUUUUCCACAAAAGAAAGAAGAGAAAGUUGAACAUCGAAUCUACUAAGUCAACUUGA